CCCAGGUUAUUUUUUUUUUAAAUUCAUACUUACGCCCUAAUACGCCGCCGUAGUGUCUUUCUUAAUUGUGAAGUGUCUGAAUUAGACGUCUGACUCUUAAGAUUUGGACCUCUGUGUCAAAACAUGCCACACGCUCCUAUAGUAAGACAACAUUUUGUAGUGUAGUAUCCAAAAGUGUGCAGUGUUGCCUCACUUAAAUAUUGUGUCAGUACUAACAAUCUCUUUAUAUAUAUAUAAAAUACAAAUAUUGCACUAGGGGUAAUUAUAAAAAAAAAAAUCCAACAGCAUAAAAAGGAAGUGUUCGGAAUAUGUCUGUCAAUCUCUCUUUUCAACUUCAAAUAGACCUUUUGUGUUUCGUGUUGCCGUAUUGCCAAUUAUACUCAUAUUACAGUCACUCCUAAGUUCAUCAGCUCGUUUCUAACUUUGGGUUUCAGAGCUUUUUUUUUCGCCUUCAGUUUCCUGCUGCUGCUGCUGUUGGAAAUGAAAGCGUUGAGCCUGAAGCUAAGAAGUGAAGUUCUCAACUUUGAGAAAGAAAACAAUAAAGAGAAAGACACGACGGCUUCUUAGAGGGCUGCUAUAGCUGAUGUCAUGGCCUGGGGAGAGUCACUCGACCAACUACUCGAGUGUAAAACAGGCCAGCUGGUGUUUGAGAACUUCCUGAAAACAGAAUACAGUGAGGAGAACCUUUCCUUUUGGCUGGCCUGCGAGAACUACAAGAAAAUCACCAGUGAGGCAGAAAUGACGGACGCCGCCAACGGGAUCUACGCAGAGUUCGUCCGGGUCGAUGCUCUGAGACAGAUAAAUAUUGACUGUGUGACAAGAGAAGAAAUCAGCCGGAAUCUCUCUCAGCCAGGGCCAGAUUGCUUUGACAGCGCGCAGAGACUGAUAUACAGCCUGAUGGAAAAUGACUGUUAUCCACGAUUUCUGAAAUCCGAAAUCUACCAAGCUCUCCAGGAACAGGCAGAGCAAGCCAUGAAAGCAACUUGAGGAAAUCGAGCUCGGCCCGACGCGGCUCCAAAUGACUGACUCUGCUCUUCUGUGGACUCUCCUUAGAAUUUCAGUUCUAACACAAAACGGCUUGGCUGUGUGAAAUGAAGCAGAAUUGAAAGGAGAUACAGAGCCGUCGGUACAGGGAUUGACAGGAUGUUAUAGUCAGACAUUAUCUAAAUAAUGUAUGAAGCAGCUUUUUUCCUUGCUAUCAUUGCCUUAUAUUGCACACAGACACCUAUAAUUCAGUCGAAGUCUGACAUCAUGUUCGGAAAGUUUGACGUUUAUUUUGAAUGACACGUUUCAAGGGUGAAUUGAGUGUAAUGUGUGGCACAGACGAGUCCAUCGUACCCCGUGUUUUGAAAAUUGAUCUCAUACAGAAAAACACAUCAAUAUUUAUUCUGCUGUCAACCGAGUAAUGGUGUGUUUCCUCUCCACUUAUCACUUAUUCUGUUUGGAUACAUCAGGAAAUCUGUGUACAUCUUCUGAUGUAUAGAAUAAUACAGAAAUGUGUGUUCUUAUCUGGGAGGGUUCCCUGAACUAGCACUGUAUUAAGUCCGUGAAUCACUGCUCGUGUCAUUUUGUUUUCAGUGGAUCACACAACAAAACGACUGCAGUUACUUUUUCUGUGUAUGUUAUCUUAAAAUUUUUUUUUUUCAACAAUGGUAUAAGUUAAUGAUCACAGAGUGUUCAUGCAAUUGUAGAAAUAUCAUGAAAUAUUCCCCACUAUUGGGACAAAUUUCUGUAAAUUGAUCUAUUGUUUUUUAAAUUACAGAUUAGGAAUAGAAGAACUGUCACCAGGAAUUUCUUCAAAAAAAAAAACAAAAAAACGAGCCUCUGAAACCAUGUAUAUUUUGUAGAACUGUGGAAAUUUCUAAACUGGCUAUUAAACCCAGUGCAAUUAAAUUGU